AUGGAAGGAGGAAAUCAGUCUAGAAUCUCCGAGUUCAUACUCCUGGGCCUUUCAGACCAGCCAGAAGAGGAGAGGCUCCUCUUCCUGGCAUUCCUAUUUAUGUAUCUGAUCACAGGGCUGGGGAAUCUGCUCAUCAUACUGGCCAUUAGAACUGACUCUCACCUCCACACUCCUAUGUACUUCUUCCUUAGCAACUUAUCCCUGGUCGACAUCUGCUUCACAUCUACCACCAUACCCAAAAUGCUAGCAAAUCAUGUAUCUGGGAAUAAGAUGAUCCCCUACUCUGGGUGCCUGACACAAGUAUUCUUCUUCAUUUGGUUUGCUGGAAUAGACAGUUUCCUCCUUACUGCCAUGGCUUAUGACCGCUACGUGGCAAUCUGUGCCCCGUUACACUACAGCACAAUCAUGACUCCAAGGAUCUGUGCCCUUCUACUUGCAGUAUCAUGGUUUUCAGCCUAUGUUAAUGCCCUAACACACACUGUCCUGCUGACCCGACUCUCGUUCUGUGGCCACAAUGAAAUCCCUCACUUCUUCUGUGACCUCAGUCCCCUGCUGAAGUUGGCCUGCUCAGAUACCUUCAUCAAUGACUUGAUGGUCUACACAGUGGGAGCAUUGCCAAUCAUCACCCCAUUCAUAGGCAUCCUGAUCUCCUACACUCAAAUUUUCAUGGCUGUGCUGAGGAUUCCUUCUGCAGGUGGGAAGCGGAAAGCUUUCUCUACUUGUGGUUCCCACCUUGCUGUGGUGUCUCUAUUCUAUGGAACACUUAUUGGAGUGUACUUCAGUCCUACAUCCACCCAUACAGUCCAACAGGACACAGCAGCAGCUGUGAUGUACACAGUGGUCACUCCUAUGCUGAACCCUUUCAUCUACAGUCUGAGGAAUAAGGACAUGAAACAAGCCCUGAAGAUGCUCCUCACCAGGAAACCUGGCCUUACUCUUUGACUAUGAGACAUCCUCCUAGGCUUCAGCACCUACUGUGUCAGACAACAACCCAAGUUCUGUACAAGAAGGUUUGAAUUCAUAGGUACUUUGAAAUCUAUCCAUGGACCCCCCAGUUAAGAACUUCUGAUCUACAGUGAUACAUGUAAAACCCAGGAGAAUUGCUCAUUGGCUCCAGGAGGAGAGAAUGAGGAGAGGAGGGAAAGAACAUGAAUCAUGGAACCAUGGAAAAUAAUCUUAAAUAAAUAAACUUUUUUAAAAAAAGAACUUCUGAUCUAGUCCAACCU